CGUUCUAAUCGUUGAGAGCUUGUCCAGCCGAUUUCCACCAAACACGCAGCUUGUCCUGAUUAUAAGCUAUAGCUCAUUAGAAAAUGGCUGCCCUCAGCUCAUCGUCCCUAGUCUCUCAGACUUCCGCCAAUCCCUUUGGUAAACCAGCCUCUACCUCUUCCUCUCCUUCGCACAUCCCCGCGUUCUCUGGCCUCCGCACACUCGGCCAUGCGAAGGCCGGUUCCGCCAAAACAAGCUGCGCCAACAGCUGCAAAUGCUCGCGCCAUUCCACUAUCCGAGCUGCAGCAACUUUCGAAAACAACAGCUCGCACGAAACCAUCGAUGUCGCCACGUCGUCGCAAACGCUUUUCGCCAGCGUGUCGCAAGCUUCCACCCCUCCCACUGCUCCUUCUGCUUCCUCUAGCGCAAUCGUCCCUGCCAUUCUCGGAGCCGGCCUGCUCGGAGGAGCGGCCUUUGCGCUCCUCUCAAACAAGUCCGCGCCCCCCACGGCACCCGCUCCCCCUACUCCCGCCGCGGCCGCCGCUGCUGCCGUCACGACUGGCUAUACUAACGGCGCCGCGACGAAGUUCGUGAAGCGAGCGGCGCCGGCGGCGCUGGCGACGAUGGCGGCGACGUUUCCGAACGCGAUGCAGGAGGAAACGUUCAUGCACGCGGUAGCGGAGGAGCUGCGCAACCUGGGCUUUCAGCGCGACAACUGCAUCGCGCUCGUCAACACGUGUCGCGACGAAGUCUGCCGCCCGAUCGUGAACCUUAUCGAUAAGGAAUUCGGCAUGUCGUUCAACAUCGCGGGGCUGGGAGGACUCGUGAAUUGCGGCAAGACGGGGUUCAAGGCCGCCAUGUCGCACUCUCCAGAGUUCCCGUGCGAAAUCGACGGCAAGCUCCGCGAAAGAUACAUUUUCUUCGGGUUCCCGCACGUGUCUAUCGGCGAGUCGGGCGAGGUCGGCUCACUCCUGCGCCGUGGGCGCGGCAAGCCCUCCUCGGCGUGCGGUGCGCUGAUCGCCAUCAAGGGCGACAUCAAGGCGGGUGGCCCCGUGGAGGACGACCCCGAUAACGCCGAGUACGUCGAGCUCAAGCGGAAAAUCAUCUCGCGAGUGGCGUCUUCGGGUUCUGACGGCCCAUCGCUGGUUCAAGUCACCAGGGCCGCGCUCCAAGCAAUUACUGACGACCUGGAACGCCUUAUCUCCCUUACAGUUGACCCCGCUACUGCCGACUACGCAGUGAUCACCGGCGUGCAGAUUCAUUCCGGCGAUCAGAUUCCCGGGGAGCCCUUCCGCAUCGAGCGCACGUGCGACUACAUCGCGCCCAAUGCUAUGUACGCCGUGAUUCGCGGGGAGAAGCACAUUCUGCACACCGAGAUCAACCAGAUCACCGCCAUCAAAUCCGUGCCUGCUGAUAUCUUCUCCAACUAGAAUCAAGGACUGUUUUCUGCGUGGACGGAUGUGAAUUCGUCAAGUGUUCCGGUCGUUUUUUUCGCUUCCUGACAUAAGCAGGGAUUGCGUUAUUCCUCCGAAUAAUCCUUAUGCCUUUAUGUUGUAUAAUGUCUGAGUAAAGUGCUAAAGUUCGU